AUGUCGGCAUCGCGUGUCGCUGCGCUCGGCACCGGCGCCGCACGGCCUGCUGCAGGCGCCAGCGGCGCUCGGCGGCCUGUCGUGGCGCCUACUUUGCCGCGGCAGCCGCUUAGCGCCACGACGAACAGGCCUGCCACAGUGGGCCGCACGCCCAGUGGCAUGACAGCCAAGGGCAAGACGGCCGCUGCCGUCGGCGGCGUGCGCCGCGUGCCGAGCGCUGGUGCGCCGCGGCCACGCCAGAGUGAUGUGAGUGCCGCAGCUCGCACGCCUCGAAGCGGCGGGCCUGACAGUCGUUCUCGCCAGGGCCGCAUGACGGCGUUCGAGUCGCAGCUCAGUAGUCUGCAGGAGAUGCUUGACCUCGAGCGGCAGAAGACGACGGCGCUGCUGUCGCAGGAGCGCGCCGAGCGGACGCGGCAGAACGAGAUGGUGCGGGCCGAGCUGGAGGAGGAGCUGAGCGAGAAGUUCAAGAUCGCCAAGGAAGCGGUGAGCCAAAGGCAGGCCAGCGUGACGCAGGAGCAGCUCGACGAGAUCACGUUCAAGCACACGCGCGAGAGACGCCUGCUGGAGGACGACCUGGACCGCGAGCGGCAAACAGUCUCGGCACUGAAGGCAUCACUGGGCCAGCAGUCGACCGCACAGCUGACGAUGGAGUCGACCAACGUGGCGCUGCGCACCCAGCUGGGCGCACAGGCCGACGAGCUCGAGGCGAAGAACGCCAGCAUUGCCCGCCUCGAGAGCGAGGUGGCGCAGCUGCGCCUCUCGACCUCGACGCUCGAGGAGGAGCUGCGAGGCGCCGAGACUCUGCGGCGCAAGCUGCACAAUGAGGUGCAGGAGCUGCGCGGCAACAUCCGCGUCUUUGCGCGAGUGCGCCCAGCGCUGCCGCGCGAGGCGAGCGCCGGCCUGGCUACGCUGCGCUUCCCGGACCCGCGCGAGGCAGCGCAGAUUGAGCUGCUGGCCGCCGGCGAGAGCGCUACGGGCACCGCCACAAUGCGCAACCACGGCUUCCGCUUCGACCGCGUCUUCCGCCCCGAGGCCACGCAGGCCGACGUGUUCGACGAGGUGUCGCACCUGACGCAGAGUGUGCUCGAUGGCUACAACACGUGCAUCUUUGCCUACGGCCAGACGGGCUCCGGCAAGACGCACUCGCUCGAGGGCGGCUCGAACUUGUCGCUCAGCGUCGGCGCCGACCCGUCGAACGAUGCCGAGGCCGGUCUGAUCCCGCGUGCCGUGCAGAUGCUGUGGAACACGGCCGAGAGCCUGCAGGACAAGGGCUGGCGCUACGACUUCGAGGGGCAGAUGCUCGAGAUUUACAACGAGGGCAUCAACGACCUGCUCGGCAAGGACAACAUCGACAGCGGCAAGCACGAGAUCAAGCACGAGAAGGGGCGCACGUUUGUGUCCGACACUGUCGUCGCGCCGCUCGACUCUCCGGCGCGCGUCUUUGCGCUGCUGGCCAAGGCCAAGUCGCGGCGCCAGGUGGCGGCGACGCUGAUGAACGAGCGUUCCUCGCGCUCGCACAGUGUCUUCAUCCUGCGCGUGCGCGGCAGCAACGCGACGACGAUGGAGAGCUGCGACGCGACGCUCUCGCUCGUCGACUUGGCGGGCUCGGAGCGCCUGAGCAACAGCGGCUCGGGCACGGAUCCAACGCGCCUGAAGGAGGCGCAGUGCAUCAACAAGAGCCUGUCGAGCCUUGCCGAUGUCAUCGCGGCGCUCGGCGCGGCCAAGAGCGGCGGCCACGUGCCGUACCGCAACUCGACGCUCACGUGGCUGCUGAAGAACUCGCUGGGCGGCAACAGCAAGACGCUCAUGCUCCUUGCGCUCUCGCCCAUGGCCGAGCAUCUCUCCGAGAGUCUCUGCUCGCUGCGCUUUGCCAGCAAGGUCAACUCGACGGUCAUCGGCACGGCGCGCAAGGUCAAGGGCGGCGACACGUCGGCUUGA